AUGAAACACUUUCAACUUUUCUAUAAACUGAUUAUCUUGAUUUUGUUAACCUUACCAUUAACAGAAGCUCUUGAUUAUGCCAAAGAAGGAUGCGAAGAUACGUGUGGAGGAGUGACGAUUCCAUUCCCUUUCGGAAUUGGGGCAAAUUGUUCUGUCAACCAAUGGUACGUUGUUGAUUGCAACUCGUCGAUACCGUAUCUUUCUGCAUUCAACAAUCUGGAGGUGUUAUCUAUUGACUUGGAAACACAAACGAUCAAUUUAAAUGUUUCAGUAGUCACUCAUUGCCAGAAUUCAGUCCGGAAUAGCAAUUACAUACAUAGUGUUGAUACUGGUGAGAGUCCCUUUGUAUUUUCCGUAUCGCAUAACGAAUUCAUUGUGAUGGGGUGUGGUCAUGCUUCCAUCUUGGAAGAUGGGAGAGUGCUCACUGGAUGUUCAACGACUUGCCCUAAUGACACUACCAGUGAAACAGGUGAUUGUUACGGAAUCAGUUGUUGCCGAGCAAUGAUUCGAUACGUUUCUUUCAAUCGAAACUCGUACACUGUGGAUCUUACACGGUUAGAAGGGCUGGCUGGAACUGAAGCCUGCGGGUUUGCCUUCUUGGUCACUGAAGGAUGGUCUGAUGAGAUAGUCUUGAGGAAUAAGUCCUUUGUUCCAAUAUCAUUUUUGUGGUCCCUAAGUGACACAGACUUUCAUAAAAUACCAAAUUGUUGGGAACAAGAACAUAGAAGAUCUUGGUUUAGUAGAAAGUGCUUAUGUGGUAUUGGGCGUGAAGGAAACCCUUAUUUGCACUAUCAAUGCGAAGAAUCCAAAGCUUGUGCCAGUUGUCGGGAUUCUGGAGGAAUUUGUCGCUAUAAUCAGAAUAUAUAUUCGAAUGAUCUUGAUGGGACCUGGAGUUUGGAUUGUCAACCUAUUGUAUAUCAUACUCGAGAUUUAAGAAGCAGCAAAUCACCACUAGGUGUUAUUCUAGGUGUUAGCAUAUGCAUCGGGCUGCUUUUAUCAGCAAAGUUAGUCUAUGAAUUGUUCAAACUAAUCAAGAAUACCAUAGCAAAGAGACAGAGAGAAAAAUUAUUUAAACGCAACGGUGGUCUACUUCUUAAACAACAAGAAGCUACUCAUGCGGGUUUAGUUGACAAAACCAUACUUUUCACCUCCAAAGAGUUGGAGAUGGCCACUGACCAUUAUAACGAUAAUAGAAUUCUUGGCCGAGGAGGUCAAGGAACAGUGUAUAAAGGCAUGUUAUCUGAUGGCAGGAUUGUAGCAAUCAAGAAAUCAAAAAUUGUUAAUGAAAGUCAAUUAGAACAGUUCAUCAAUGAGGUGGUCAUUCUCUCCCAAGUCAAUCAUAGGAAUGUGGUCAAAUUAUUGGGAUGUUGCCUAGAGACAGAGGUUCCUCUACUUGUCUCUGAAUUCAUCUCAAAUGGAACCUUGUAUAAUUUCAUUCAAGAUGAUACUGGUGAGCCCCCAAUCUCUUUGCACAUGAGAAUACAAAUCGCUACAGAGGUUGCAGGAGCACUUUCUUACUUACAUUCAGCAACCUCCAUUCCAAUAUAUCAUAGGGACAUCAAGACCACUAAUAUACUUUUAGAUGAAAAGUAUAGAGCUAAGGUUUCUGACUUUGGUACAUCAAGGUUUGUAUCUAUCGGUCAAACUCACUUAACUACCUUAGUCAAAGGGACAUUUGGUUACUUUGAUCCGGAGUACUUCCAAUCUAGUCAGUUCACCGAAAAAAGUGAUGUCUAUAGUUUCGGAGUUGUUUUGCUGGAACUCUUAACAAGAGAAAAGCCAAUCUCCCUGACUAGAUUUGGUGAACAUAGAAAUUUAGCUACACAUUUUAUGUUUGCUAUGGAAGAAGGUCGUGAGAUGUCAAUAUUUGACCCAAUGCUUGUUAAUGAGGAUUCAAAGGGUGAGCUCUUGGCAAUAGCUAACUUGGCGCAGCGAUGUUUGAAUUCCAAGGGGAAGAAUAGGCCAACAAUGAAAGAAGUAGCCAUAGAGUUAGAAGGCAUGAGAAUGUCAUAUGCAGCUUCUACCUUUCAAGCUAACUUUGGACACUCAAAUCACAAUGAACUACAGAUGCUCAACGAUGACGAGGCAAUGUCAACCAUGACGAGUUUUGAAGACACCUUUAAUGAAUGAUUAGAUGAUUAUCGUUUUAAGUUGGUAUUUAUAAAAGUCUUGAUUUCUCCCUUCACUUGUCAACAAAGUUCAAAGAGUUUGGAAUAGACUGCCUCGGUGCCUCCGUUCCUAUCUUCUUUGGCUACCCAUUUUAACUUAUUAGCAUUAAAAGUCUAUUGGUAUGCAUCUGAAUGUCUUUUGUACAUAGCAUUUUAACUUUCUUACUUAGUUACCUGCAGGCUUAAUGUUCACUGUUACUGUUCUGUCAUCUCUAGGGACAAAAUAUAAAGUUGUCGUGAGCUGAGGCCGAUUACUAUAGUGGCUUAAAUAGCAUAUAUGCAAUGUCCCUAGAAUUCAACAAAGACCAUAAUUUUCUAGGGUCCUAGUUUUUGAUU